GGCGCGUCUGCGAUGGCCCUGGUUAUGGAACCUAUAAGUAAAUGGACACCCAAGCAGGUGCUGGACUGGAUGAAAGGCUUGGACGAUUGCCUCCAGCAGUACAUCAAGAACUUCGAGAGGGAGAAGAUCAAUGGGGAACAGCUCCUGCACAUCACCCACCAAGAGCUGGAGGAGCUGGGGGUGACCCGCAUCGGGCACCAGGAGCUCAUCCUGGAGGCUGUGGACCUACUCUGUGCGCUGAACUAUGGGUUGGAGACGGAGAACUUGCGGACGUUAUCCCACAAACUGAAUGCUUCCGCCAAGAACUUACAGAACUUCAUCACGGGCCGGCGGCGCGGUGGCCAUUAUGACGGACGAGCCUCUCGGCGCCUGCCUAAUGACUUUCUCACCUCAGUGGUGGAUCUCAUUGGAGCAGCCAAGAACCUCCUGGCCUGGCUAGACAGGUCACCCUUUGUCAGCGUAACUGAGUACUCUCUCCUAAAGAACAACAUUGUUCAACUUUGCCUGGAGUUAACCACCAUAGUACAACAGGACUGCACCGUGUAUGAGACGGAGAACAAAAUCCUCCAUGUGUGUAAAACAUUGUCUGGAAUCUGUGACCACAUCAUCUCUCUAUCCUCGGACUCUCUGGUGUCACAGUCUGCCCACUUGGAGAUGGUGCAUCUGACCAACAUCAUGCCUACAGAGGGUCUGGGGAUGUACAUCAAGUCCACCUACGAUGGUCUCCAUGUUAUCACUGGCACGACGGAGAACUCUCCUGCUGACCAGUGCAAGAAGAUCCAUGCUGGUGACGAGGUCAUCCAGGUCAACCACCAAACUGUGGUGGGCUGGCAGCUGAAGAAUCUGGUCAACGCUCUGCGGGAGGACCCUGACGGUGUCAUCCUCACCCUGAAGAAGAGGCCACAGAACACCCUCACUUCCGGCCCAGCCCUGUUGAAGAACGCACGCUGGAAACCCCUUGCUCUCCAGCCCAUCCCCACCAGUCCCACCAGUAACUCCACCACCCCGUCCAGCACCAUGGGGAUGUCCUGCAACACCGACAACUCCAAUAUGCAUGAUGUCUUCAUCCUGUCUCCCGGGCCCUACGGACCACGGGACGAGAUGGGCAUAAUACCUUGUGAGGACAUCAGCAAGUACGUCAUGGGCAAGUCAAGCAUGAAGGGUUCCGAGUCUCCCAGCUACUACCUCGACCACGAGAGCGGCAAGUACUUCACGCUGGUGGAGGGCGAGCGGGUGUCCAUGGAGCCUGAGUACGACAGGGGGCGCUCCUCAGGGGUCCGUCGCAGGGACCGAACCCCUACGCACGGUGACCUCAGACCGGUUUCCAUGCCAACGGAGUACAACUGGAUGGGUGAGGCAAAGGAGCCCAAUAUGUACAAGCGGGGCAGCAGAGACUCCGACAACUCACUCCUGCGGUACCUGAGCGACGACAAGAUCUUGGUGAUCCAGGAGGAGCCGGAGACGAGCCGUGAGCUGAAACGAGACACGGGCCGGCGUUCCCGCAAGAAGGGCAAGACCCCCAGUAGCCCGAGCUACCCCAUCAGCCCCUCGCUGCUGUCACCCACGGUGAGACUGGAUCCGGGUGUCACAGAGGGGCUGGCCUUCUCGCUGCCCGAGACCAGCACCAUGCCGCUUUACCACAGAGCCGGGGACACGCUGCGGGCCGAAGCGGACAGGUAUGCUAAUUGUGGCAUUGAUCGGCAAGGGGGCUCAUCCAUGAAGAAGUCACUUCACUACGCCUCCUUGCGGAAUAAAACUAAAAAGAAAGCCAAAGGCUCCCUGACCAGCGCCAGCCGUCGGCGCAUCUCCUGCAAGGACCUGGGCCAUGGCGACUGCGAGGGCUGGCUCUGGAAGAAGAAGGAUGCCAAAGGCUACUUCACGCAGAAGUGGAAGAAGUACUGGUUCAUCCUGAAGGACUCCUCGCUCUACUGGUACACCAACCAGAAUGACGAGAAGGCGGAGGGUUUCAUCAGCCUCCCCGAGUUCAGGAUAGACCGUGCCAUCGAAUGCAGACGGAAAUUUGCCUUCAAAGCGUGUCAUCCGAAGAUCAAGAGUUUCUUCUUUGCCACAGACUGUUUGGAGGAGAUGAACAGGUGGAUGAACCGACUUGGACUAGCAGCUAUUGGGUACACCCCUGAUGACAAGGUGCCUCGCCCUGAUGAAGACUAUUGGAGCGAAAGUGACCAGGAUGACAUUGACGGCUCUAUGACUCUCAAACAGGAGGGCUCUUCCUCGCUGUGCGACACGUACCACCGCACUCCAUCUGUGAACUCCUCGAGCCCAUUUCCAGAAGCCAAGCAUGGGUGCCAUUUCUCCAGCGAGUCCACGUACUCCCACUCAUCAGCUGAGGAUGGCCCAGGCAGCGGCCACUCUUCGGGUUGCAGACCUGUGUACCGUGAGCGCCGCUCCUGGCAGGACCUCAUCGAGACACCCCUCACCAGCUCCGGUCUGCACUUCCUGCAAACGGUUCCAGCGGAGGGUGAUGACGAUGAGGGUGACAGCUAUGGCGGUGGACCGUCCAUGGGAUGCGGACGACCAGCCAUGUCACCCGAUGCUCGUCGCCAGGCUACGUUACCAGCACAACGGCGCUUCCGUCCUGAACGAGACAGGGGGCCUUUCCUGCUGGCAGAGGCUGAGGACUGGGGGUUGCAUACUCAUCGUCACACCCACAAGCAGCGCAGCCAGAGCCUGCCGCGGAACCGGCACGCGCGGGGGGUCAAGGGCUGCCUGCAUGCGGCAGGGCCGUCCGAGGAGAAGAGCGAGGACGAUGAGGUGCCCUUCCCGCAGCUCACCUGCAGCAAGGAGGGGUCUCGGAGGGAGGAGAAGGGGAGGCGAAGCCCUGAUGAGUUGCAGGAGCUGUACCGCUCCCUGGAGCAAGCCAGCCUGUCGGCUUUCGGGGAGCAGCGGCCUUCCACCAAGCAGGAGUUCCGGCGAUCCUUUGUGAAGCGCUGCAAUGACCCCGUCAUCAACGAGAGGCUCCACCGCAUCCGCGUCCUGCGCAGCACACUCAAGGCCAAAGAGGGAGACCUGGCGGCUAUCAGUCAAGUGCUCGACGACUGCAACCUGACCUCCAAGAAGUUCCGUGAGUGGAAGCAGAGGCACCAUGAGUUGUUCAUGGACAUCUGUGAGUUCAGCUCAGGGCACGGCGAGCCCCACAGUGGUGACCGAUCUUCUUUGACCACGCCCCUCAUGGCACACACCCACUCCUUUAUUGAGACGCAUGUCUGAGGUUCGGAAUUUCAGAGUGGGUUGACCCCUGUGCGCCUGUCCGACUCCUUUUUGGCCACACCCCCUUUUAGCCCCUCCCCCAACACCCACUCUGUCUCCAGCCUCAUCCAAAACGAACAGACCAACCAACCACUGUAACAUGUGUAAAUACAGUUCUGAAGGACUCCAGAGAGGUAAACGUUGUGUAAAUAUGUCGGACAGGAACAGCAAGAGCGCCGCUGGGUGCCUACUGCAUGUCAGAAGAGAACAUCUUAUCCUUCCUUUGUUUUCUGAAACAUGAACUAAGGAACAGAGGGAAAUGGGGAGUCUUUUGGACAUUUGCUGUGAAACAAUUUACUCAAUUUGUUUAUUUUCUACCUUUUUUUAUUUUCUAUCAAUUAUUUGCCAUAAAUGUCAUGCUUGAACAGUAGGCAAGAGAGCAAUGUAGCAGCAAUAUAAAAAAGUAUCAACCCUGGCUAAAAACACUGUUGGUGGACACCACAACUCAGAAAAAAAAAAAAAAAAAAACCUAUAAAUAUAUACACUGAAAGUUGAAACAGUGGCACAGUAUGCGAGGACUAAACAGCCAAGUGGGAAUAUUUAAAGGAUCAGAUGUUAAAUUGGACAUACACCUUUUAUAUGCAACUAUAGAAGGGUGACACAUGACACCUCACACUGAGACACGGGGCAUGCUAACCAAAAAUAAGUUAUAUUAUUUGUUUUAAACACAAGUAAAUAAUACAGACUGACUGACCAACUGAUAUUGUAACCAAGGAAUGCAAAAAUUAUUAGACUCCGCAUUGUUUUUUUUUCCAUACAUGUUCAUAACUUCCAGACAUUAUCGGAAGCAAAAUGUGGCACAAAAUGAAAAGAGACGUAAUCUGCGUAUGAAAAAAGUAUGGACCUUUUCAUUGCCAAAAAGCAGACCACUGUUUUGAAACUGUUCGUGAUAAUGGUUGUUGUGAAUUCAGUCGUAUGCCUCCAGAGAACUUUAUUUUAAAGAAAGGAUUAAAAAUGAUAUAAUUACAUGUUCUCUUGGCUAGGAGAUCAUCUCUUGGCUUUCACUUUAACUCAGGGGUCCUGCUCCGUGUGUGUGUGUGUGUGUGUGUGCGUGCGUGUGUGCGCGUGUACGUGUGCGUGUGCUUGUUUGUUUGUUUUUCCUGCUCUUUAGGUCUUUAUCCUUUAUUGUGAAUGUAUUACUAUUAGUAUCAGCCCCUCACGCUAGUGAUUUACACCACUGUGUUCUUUAUUAUAUAUUCAAGAUUUACUGACAGAUAGAUUUUUUUCAUAUUUAAACAACUGUUACUUUUCUAAAAUGCAGUUUAAUACGAAUCAGCACUUUUUUUGAUGCAUGAGUUAUCGUUCAUGUGCAUGAGAUUGAAAACUCAUGUUUCUCUGUGCAGUUUGCUAUAAAGUGCAUGCUUAGGACUCAUAUGCCGCACAUCAGCCAGUGCGCACACACAGGCCCACAAAAAGUGACUCAGCAUAGCAUUAGUUUUUUUCCACCUUGAUUCCACGUAGAGAGUCCUAUGAUAUUUUUUAAAUCAGUAUUGUUAUUUUUGUAGCCUACAUUUCAUUAGAAAAAAAUCACAUGUGCUUUUCACAUUACCUUAAGAUGUGCGCAAUAUGUUCCAGUAUCUGCAGUUUUCAUCUUAUCUUAAAAUUAUACAAUGAAAUGCUAAACACUGAGGCAGCAAGAGAGUAAGUGAUGAUCUUCUUAACUUAGAAAGAAACAAUACAUAAAUUAUACAGUGAAAAAAUCUCAGGUUACUGUGCAAAAAUCUGUUUUUUGAU